AUGCGCUUCCUGAGUGACGACCUUAUUCUUGACCCGACAGAUCGAGUUCCCAUACAAGUUCUCGGUGCCGGUCUCCCACGCUGCGCAACGAGCUCCAUACAAGCCGCACUUGAGUCUCAACACAUAAAUCUCACACCUUGUAUGCACUUCGCCCAUGUUGCACCGCACGCUGAUCGUAGCUCCAUCGUUCUAGCUGCGUUGCAAGAGAAGGACACGGCACGGCGCCACAAGCUGCUGCACAGAUUAUUCGACGGCUUCCAAGCGACAACUGACUUCCCUGGCGCCAUGUUCAUGGACGACCUUAUGGAUAUGUAUCCAGACGCCAAGAUCGUGCUGAACAAGCGGCCCGGUGGUGGCCAGAAGUGGGAGCAAUCAAUCAAAGUGCUUACCUGGGCGGGCUCACCCGUCUACCUUGCAGUUUGCUACUUGUGGAAGACUGACCGCAACUUGUAUAAAGUCUGGUAUGCUUUCUUGGAGCAUACUCAGUGUAAUUUAGGCUUGGCUGCUGAUGAGCUUUUGACGGCGAAGCAUUAUGAUGUGCAUAAUGCGUGGAUUCGCGCUGAGGCAGCUAAGCGAGGCCGGGAGGUUCUGGAAUUUGAGCCUCGAGAUGGAUGGAAGACCCUGUGUGAGUUCCUUGGCAAGGAUGUGCCAAAGGACGAGCCUUUUCCUCAUCGAAAUGAUGCAGCUGAGGUGCGAAUGGUAGUGCGGAUUUUGUAUGCUCGGGGAGUGAUCUCUUGGUUGGCCUUGGCUGGUGUGGUAUAUGGCACGGCGAGGUGGGCCCUGAAAGGGAAAUUAUUUUAG